GGUCGAUACGACGUCGUCCUUAUGGUAUCUGGCGGCAUUGGCGUGACCCCGAUGCUGAGCCUUGUCAACCAGUCUCGGCACGUCGAUCUCAAAGUCGGGAGCAAGCUGCAUUUAUUUUGGAGUGUGCGCGAGGCGAGCGAACUCUUGUGCGCCGAUCGCCUCAUGUUUCCGUUGCCCGAGUCGCUGCACCACCGCUUCUACGUGACCAAGGCCAGCGACGAAGGUCAAGUCAUGAGCGAGUCGUCGGGCCCGGUCGCGUACUACCCUGGACGCAUGCUGCUCGAUGAGAUUGUCAACAACAUCGCGUACGUUGGCAAAGCAGUGUGCGUCCUUGCGUGUGGGCCGCCGGGCCUUGUCGCUGACACACAGCGCCAUGCGCGCCAGUGCGGCUUUGACUUUCACAAGGAAGAGUUUUUGUUUUAACGAGACAUAUCGUUUGUAUAAC